CAAUGGACAGCCUCGACUUCAAGGAGACCCGUUUCGGCACUCACACGUCGACAGAACCAUACUCAGGUGGGCAUCCAAAGCGUAAGUCCGGCACGAUUGGGGGAGCAGGCCAUGGCAACAAGAGCGCUCCCAAGACAAACAUGGACGAGUAUGACAACUCGGAGUUGAGGUUCGGCAGUCACAACAACACUGAACCAUACUCCGGCGGUCACCAUGUGCACAAGAGUGGCAGCGUGGGGGGUGCCGGAUUCGGGAACAAAACUGGCACCUGGGGCGAGGACUCGCGGAUGGGAAAGGUGAUGGAGAAGAUCGGACAGAUGACGCAUAAUGAAGACAUGGUUGAAAAAGGCAGAGCAAAGAGAGAGGCUAAAGGGUUUUUGUCAGGGGGUUAGCGGAG